AUGAAUCCCGGCCCCGCCCUGGCCUCCGCUCCCUCGCGACCCGAGUCCUGUGGGCCGCUGGCAGCAGGGACGUCGGCUGCGCCCUGGCUGGCCUCCGUCCGCGCAGAGACCGCAUGCAUUCGGAUUCAUGGCCUGCGAAAACAUGUCAAUUAUUUAGAAUCAGCUGCGGCAUUCACGAAAGGUCCAGGGCUGCUCUGCGAUUUUGCCCAUGUUUUGCCCCAAAUUUUAAAGCAGUCCUCGCGGGACACUUCUGCGCUUAUCCUAAAACUUCGACCAAGGUGUUGGAGGUCGCCCGCCCGGCCCGCCGACCCGGCCGUGGCACAGGCGGGCUCGAGGGCCAAACAAGCAAAGGAAACUCUCGAUGAAGACUCGUCUGAACCACAAACGAAACACGAUAGACCAAGAAAUAAGUCGGUUGAUGAAAGAAUCCCGAAGCAAAGAAAUCCCCUUGUCUGGCCGGCGCCGCGGCCCAUUCCCGCCGAGGCCGCGCCACGACCGGACGGACACGCGGCGCCCUCCUCGCGCCCUCCGCCGGAGCAGCCAACGGACCUGCGAGCGCCCUUCGCCCUCCGCCGGACAGCCCGCAAAGCCGACGGACCUGCGAGCGCAACGCGACUCGGGAAGCAGGACGGACCUGCAGACAUGGGGCGCGAAGCCGCCGAGGAGAAGAAGUCGUCGACUUCCCGGAGAGGAGAGGAGCACGAGUCAGAAGCAGUUCUUACGGAUGUCCAUCAGUCAGCAGGACGCCGCCGGGGAGCGGGUGGAGUUGUGCUUAGAGAGCAGGGAAUGUCAGGGGCACAACCGAUGGGGCAGGUGGCAGCAGAAGGCCAGCCGGACGAGCAAGAGGCAGCAGAAGUCCGGGCGAACGAACAGGGGGCAGCAGAAACCCAACCAGAAGAACAGGGGAGAGCAGAAGCCCAGAUUAUUUACUGGGUUUUAACCCCUAAACGUUCGUCAAAAAAUCGUUCAAGUGAAUCCUCAGGGUGGCUCUCGCCUUGGGAAAUGGUUCAGCGAUGGUACAAUCAUCUCCUGGAGGCCGCCAGCCGGUUCUUCAACUGCGUGCUUCAAAAGAUCGUUGGAAUAACGAUGGACAUCGCGUCAAUAUUCGAGCGGGAAUCCGAGAGUCCCGAGAUGUCUACAGAAUACCAUUUCGUCGCGGAUUGGAUAACUGAGGAAAAGUUUUUCUCCACUUUCCAUCUCAACUGCCUCCCCGCCGAAGAGGAGGGCGGCAGGAACAGGCGGGGCAGCACCAAGAGCUCCGGCCGUGAGGACCUGGCAGGAACCAAGGAGGGAGCGCGAGGAACCGAAUCCAUGGCGCAAGAUCAAGAGCAGGAGCAGGUAGAGGAUUCGGCAGGGAAACAUGGACGCGAUUCUACAGGCACGCAUGAAAAUGACUUGGUAGGGAAACAGGAGCAUGCCCGGGAAAAGGAUUCAGCAGAGAAAUUCUGAAUGAUGAGGGAUGUGUAAGUUUCCUUUUUAUAGUCUCCAUUGCACUUCAUAUUUUCAUUUAUUAGCUUUCCCUUUCCAUAGGAUUUUGGUGAUGCAUCCAUUUUCGGAAUAACUUUUGUCUCGCAUCAGCCUUUCUCAUUUGGUUCUCUUUCGGAUUCACUUUAAUCACUGAUUUGCAAGGCAAAUUAUUAUAUACUCAGUAAAAUGGACAAGAUCUACUUCUUAUUUGCUUCAUCUUUUAUUUGUGUGGAAUUUUAAAUGUUGCCUCUGGAAAGCAAUUCGAAAAUAAAGGAUUGUUGUUAAUUGA